CAAGUCAAACCAAAACCAGCAUCAACAUGAAGUUCUUCUCAGUUGUCACCGUCUUUGUGCUCGGUCUGCUCGCCCUGGCCAAUGCUGUUCCCCUGUCGCCCGAUCCUUGCAAUGUGGUCAUCAACGGCGACUGCAAGUACUGCAAUGUCCAUGGAGGAAAGUAGGGGCCUGCCGCCCUUGCACGAAUAUCGACCGAAGGCCAUACAUAGAUAAAAAC